AUGCCGGCGUACCACUGGAUCAACCGCGAAAUCGAGAGCCUCGAUCCUCACACGGACUACGAGCGUAUCUACCGCCUAUCUACUGGAUAUGGGCUCAACGACUUUGCGAACAAUCUUAUCUAUGCUCUGACGUUUCCAAAUUUUGUUGUUACCCCUCACGGAGCCGAGGUCGUGUGGAGGGACGAUGGUGGCAAGGUCCUCUCCAAAGCAACGCAGCGAGAAGAAGAGACGCAGAACAACAACGCCCUGUGGUGGUACUACGGCCCGAACGACCCUCGCACACAGAAGUCCAUUGAAGGCAUCAACAAGCUCCACAAAUACUGGGCCAAGAAAUACCCGGGACGCUUCUCCGACAAUGAGGACUAUGUGUACACCCUCGCAUUCAGCGUGAUUCUGGUGCACCGCUUGAGGUUGCGGCUCGGACUGCGCGGAUGGUCUGAGAAGCAGAAGAUUGCCGCACAUCUCUUCUGGCAAGACAUGGCCAAGUACUUCGUGACCGAAGAGGACAAUCACCUCAUUGGGUUUCCAUCCGACUGGGACGCGACGGUGAAAUACUGCGAAGAAUUCGAAAACACGCCCCGUGAGGGCACCGAGCGCGGCCACCUCAUCGCCGAAGCCAUUUAUAGCCAGUUUGGCUUCCGCUAUUUCCCAAGGCCGCUGCACUGGCUUGGGCGUGCGAUGCCUAUUGCGUUGUCGCUGCCGUCAACGUUGAAGGUGCAUAAAAUUGACCCUAUCAACCCGGUCCUGGAAGCGAUUAUCAUUUGGGUGGUUGGGGCGAUGUUUUGGAUAAUGGAAACGUUGCUACCGGACCCUGCUCCGGAGACGGCAUGGUGGCCUAAAAUGGAGAGUAUGGAGCAGGGAGAGAAGGUGAGCCGUCAGAAAGAGCUGAGGCAGGUUGAUCAAGCGUUCAAGCCCUUUUUCGCAAGCUCGCAUGCGAACCAUUGGCCGGGCUGCCCGUUUCAUGCAGCAAUGGGGAAGGCGGAGAAGUCUUCAUAG